AUGUACACAACAGCAUUUAUUUCAUUCACUACAACUGCUUUAGUUUUUGGUGCUACUUACUUAUUUAAGUACUUAUUCAAUUCUAACGAGGUUUCACAAAUCACAAAUGAACAUACUUCUGUUGAUAAGACUCAGACUUUAUAUUCUUCUGAACUUCACAACGAACUUCACAGUGAUUCACAAAGUCACACGUUACCACUCACUCCUAUGGAAGAAAUGAAGUCUGUGAAGGAGAAUAUCCAAAAUUGUACAGAUAACUUAACCACCUGUGCUUUUGGAGAGUGCAAGAUAACUCAACAAGGCAUUUCUCCACAACCUAAAAGAGAAUUAGAUGAUAUCUCUCCAAUACCAAAAGACAAUACUGACUUAGACUUGGAACUAUUUGGUGACGAUUUUCAGCAACAUUACAACGACUUUGUGUCACAACAGAACUUGUAUCCCAAUACCGAGAACGACAACACAGUAAUGACUUUUGUUCCAUUGGAUAAAGUAAUUAAGAGACAAGAUGGAGGAUUACUAUGCUAUGUAAAACCAAAGCAGUUUGAUGAUUUUGUUGAUGCGAACAGGAUUUUCAACGAAAUAGACUCAAACACCGAAUUCAAAAGAAAACAAGCAGAACAACAGAAACCUCCAAAGCUUAAAUUUGUAAGACCUAAACGAGCAAGAUCACUGAGUCCCAAUGAAAAGAAAAAGGAAGAGAAGAAGCCAAAAUCGCCUCGAAACCGAUUUAUUGGGAAGAAGCACAAGAUCGCAAAUACAAAAGAGAGUUUGGCAACAUCUGAGGAAGUAGCUAAUUUGGGCAUUAAUACUGAGGAACAUACGACUGUAGUCAAUAAAAAGAGAAGGAAACAAAAAGUUGAAAUGAAAAAACGGUAA